AUUUUCUUUAAUUUGGUUAAUUUUCUUUACUCCUCCAUUUGAAUUUCCUCAGACCAUUUGUUUCCUCUUUGUAACACUAAAAUGGGAUCCUUAAGUGUGUCUGAACUCCCUGAAAGAACAGCGCAGCUCUCGCUUGCCCUUUCUGAGAUUGUGGGGAGCCAGACUUGGCAGGACAGUCCAGGGACCGGCGGUAGACCGCAGUGAGACUAAAUCAGCUGUGCGCAGCAGCAGAGCUCCCCACUUUCUUAUUUCCGGAGACCGUAGGCAUUUCCGGAAGCCAUCGGUGCCUGUGCGAAACCAGUUUCGCGGCGGCUAUGCUCCCGUAGUGCCCACCUUCCACUCAUUCUCAACCCAGGAGCUACCAUGCUCCUCCAGCUCAUCUCCCGAGACCCCUGGACGGUCCGUACAGGCCUAUAGCUGCUUAGUUUGGGUUUCGGUUGCCCGGGCAACAGCUACUUCCGGUAGCGAGGAGCGUGCACCGAGACUCCUGCCUCGGCGGACCGGACAACCUGCUCUACAGCGCCUCUGGCUUCCCAGGCGAGCCUUCUAGCUGGGCGCGGGCUCAGGGUUUGACUGUUGCCCUUGGCAACAGUCACUUCCGCGAGCGUGCGUCGUUUUCCUUACCCCACCCGGCGGACGCGUGAGCCCGCGUUCCGGGGUUCCGCAUCGAAGCAGCGGUUAGUCUCAGGGCGGUGCGGGUCAGGCCUACUCUGUUCGGGCCUCGUGUUCCCUGCCUGCAGCCCUGCCGCCUCGGCGGCGCCUCUGGCGCAGCCAUGGUGGUGCUACACGUGAAGAGAGGCGAUGAGAGCCAGUUCUUGCUGCAGGCGCCCGGGAGCACCGAGCUGGAAGAGCUCACGGCUCAGGUGACCCGCGUCUACAACGGGCGGCUGAAGGUGCACCGGCUCUGCACAGAGAUAGAGGAGCUGGCAGAGCACGGUGUGUUUCUCCCCCCUAACAUGCAAGGACUGACUGACGAGCAGAUUGAAGAGCUGAAACUAAAGGAUGAGUGGGGGGAGAAGUGUGUGCCCAGCGGGGGGUCUGUUUUUACGAAGGACGACAUUGGACGGAGGAACGGGCACGCUCCAAAUGAGAAAAUGAAGCAGGUUUUAAAGAAGACGGUAGAAGAAGCCAAAGCGAUGGUGUCUAAGAAACAAGUGGAAGCUGGAGUCUUUGUUACCAUGGAGAUGGUGAAAGAUGCCUUGGACCAGCUUCGAGGUGCAGUAAUGAUUGUUUACCCCAUGGGGCUGCCGCCAUACGAUCCUAUCCGAAUGGAGUUUGAAAAUAAAGAAGAUCUGUCAGGAACUCAGGCAGCGCUUGAAGUCAUUCAGGAGUCGGAGGCACAGCUGUGGUGGGCUGCCAAGGAGCUGCGAAGAACAAAGAAGCUUUCUGACUAUGUGGGGAAAAAUGAGAAAACCAAAAUCAUUGUCAAGAUUCAGCAGAGAGGGCAGGGUGCACCCGCCAGGGAGCCGCUCAUCAGCAGUGAGGAGCACAAGCAGCUGAUGCUGUUCUAUCACAGAAGGCAGGAGGAGCUCAAGGUAGCCAUUGGGCAGCAGGGGUGGCAGCAGAUCUGGGCCACAUCGUGCAUCCGGUGCUCACCCACGGGCGGGGGCCCCGUGCCAUCCAGCCUAUGCAGUGCUGGGGAAGGGCUCUCUGGCUCUCCAAGGCUGUCACCAGCGUUAGGCCACAGGGUGGGGGUCCCACUGCUGGCAGGGUUCAGGUUGGGCGGCAGGAAGUGGCCUGAGUUGUUUCCUCAAGUGCUGCCCUGAGUAAGGCGUGUUUAUUUCCAGAAACUGGAAGAGAAUGACGAUGACUCCUGUCUAAACUCCCCGUGGGCUGACAACACGGCUUUGAAAAGACAUUUUCAUGGGGUAAAAGACAUAAAGUGGCGACCCAGGUGAUGCCAGCACUUGAUGCGGCUGUCAGAACCACAGCCCACCAUCCUUGGGCAAAAUAAUCAUAAUACUAUAAAACACUAUCAAAGAUGUGGAGAUUUCUAUUUCCCUGGUUUUCCUUUUGUUUGAAUUUUUGAAAUAAGUUGUUGGUAGUUUUAGAACUCAAUAAAUAAAAAAGAAAA